AUGGCAGCAGCCUCACAUCGUCAGCUCACGUUCACCCCGCCAGGUCAUCGACGAGAUCCCAAUUCACGGCCCAGACCUGUGUCGGCCUCAGUCCUUGCGAGCAUCGAGAAGCAGCGUCGAGACUUUGUGAGAGGUCUGGGGCCGUGUCGGAGUGGAUGCGAGGAUCUGGACAAUUAUGUCCUUCUUGCGGGCGGGUUUGAGAGAGGAAGUGUCGUUGGGAUAAGCGCAGAGAAUGAAGAUGGAGUGGGCGUGAUGCUAGGUCUCCAAGUGCUAGCAUGCUCUCUCCUCGACAGCGCCGCUCAAAGAGUUCAAGUCAUCACGCCGAAGCCGCCCAGCACCAUUGUCGUGCUGCUGAAAAACGCUCUCACAGCCGAGCUCAAAGCAAGGGGUGUCUCGAAGGCGGAUGAAGUUGCGGCCCGGAGGAGAGACUGUCUGGACCGAAUCAUGCUGUCGCGAGUCUUUGACAUGGAUGGGCUGGAUGAGGUUUUGGCGGAUCUGGACGCCACGGCUGCUGCUCCUGGGGGUGGUAAGGAGGAGGAGCAGAUUAUCGAGAUACAAUCGGCGGAAGAAACAGCUGCUCUGGCAGUGCGGCUUGAUCCUACUGCCGCUGAUGUUGGCGGCGAUGGUGCUGGUGAUGAUGCUGCCUCCAACAAAGAAGAGAAGCCGCAGGAAGCAUCUGCCGUCGCCGAGAUCCAAGACAGCCAAGACGACGAAGAUGAGACACCAUCCCCUCCACCAUCUCCAAUAUCAUUACCUCAGCCCCCUCAGCCUCACGCCGACGACAACAAUAUUAAAGAUACAACAGCAACAAUAACCACAGCAACAACAGCAACAGCAACAGAGCCAGGUAAUCACAGCAUUCCUAAUAGACAAGUCGACAGCGAAAGCAACAACGACAAACCCACUACCACUACAGCUUAUUCAACCCCCGACAUCAUCCUCAUCACCCAUUUCUCCUCUGUCCUCACCGGCUUCUUCACCCAGCGCGACAAAUCAGCCGCCCACGCCGCCCUGCGCCUCCUCGCUACUCGUCUCCGCCAUCUUUCCAGAACGCUCCCUUCACACCCGCUCAUCCUCCUGCUCAACUCUACAGACUCCGGUGCCCACGCCUCGGAAUCUCACAACCAUGAGAAUCAUCUACACAUGAAUUCAAUCCCACUACCGCUGCCAGAUCAGCAAUCAUUAUCCUCUACUGCCUACAGGUCGGCUACUUCCUCCACCGACCCAACUCUACGAUCCAUCUUCAACCCAGCUCACCACGCCAGCACAUCAUACAAGGCGAACAAACCAACCUUUGGCCUCGUCUUCACUCAGCUGCUUGAUCUCCACCUCCUUUGCACGCGAUCUCCGCGCCCCAGCAGGGCAGCGCCUUCUUCGCUUCGUGCCAUGACGGUCGUGGAGGUGCUGUUGGAUGAAAUAGGCUUGUGGGAAGGGGAAAGGGGGCAGAGGAAGAGGAGAGAGCAGCGGUGGACGAUUGUGGCUUUGCGCAAUGGCCGUAUGGUUAGUGUUUCCGGCAGUGGGAGAAGGAUAGAAACCCAGGGUGAUGAUUAG